GCCGCUGCCGCAGCGGUGCGGGCUCUGCGGGACGGGGGUCGCCCGCGCUCCCGCCCAGCCCGUCCCGGGGGCCGCUGCCCGCGCUGCGAUCGUGUCCUGGCCGGGGUGGACGCGGCGGUUGCCCCGGGCUGACCCGCUCUCUGGCGACCUCCCCGCCGUGUCCCGGGGCCGGGGCCGGUGCUUUCCGCGGGGUCCCCUCCCGGACCACGGUUCCCGGCGCCCCGGGGCUGCCCCGUGGGGUGGUGCGCCCCGAAGGCAACUGGGGACAGAGCCCGGGGGGAUGGAGGGAGCUCCUGACUCACCAUGACGUUCAAGCAAGCGUCCAUGAUGGCCCCGGAGGCCACGGCUACCACGAUAUCCAUGACCACGAUGGAGAACUCCACCGAGGCCACGGGGCCAGGAGAGAGCAAGGAGGACAUGUUCACCAAGCUGAGGGACAAGUUCAUGAAUGAGCUCAACAAGAUUCCCUUGCCGCCCUGGGCCCUCAUCGCCAUCGCGGUGGUAGCUGGGCUCCUCAUCCUCACCUGCUGCUUCUGCAUCUGCAAGAAGUGCUGCUGCAAGAAGAAGAAGAACAAGAAGGAGAAGGGCAAAGGCAUGAAGAACGCCAUGAACAUGAAGGACAUGAAGUCGGGCAACCAGGACGACGAUGACGCAGAGAUGGGGCUGACGGAGGGGGAAGGUGAGGAGGAGGAGAAGGAGCCGGAGAACCUGGGCAAGUUGCAGUUCUCGCUGGACUAUGAUUUCCAGGCAAACCAGCUGACAGUGGGGAUCCUCCAAGCCGCCGAACUGCCGGCUUUGGACAUGGGUGGCACCUCGGACCCAUACGUCAAAGUGUUCCUGCUCCCUGACAAGAAGAAAAAGUACGAGACCAAAGUGCAGAAGAAGACACUUAACCCUGCCUUCAAUGAGACCUUCACCUUUAAGGUCCCAUACCAGGAACUGGGUGGGAAGACGCUGGUGAUGGCCAUCUAUGACUUUGAUCGCUUCUCCAAGCACGACAUCAUCGGCGAGGUGAAGGUGCCCAUGAACACGGUGGACCUGGGCCAGCCCAUUGAGGAGUGGCGAGACCUGCAGAGUGGCGAGAAGGAGGAGCCAGAGAAGCUAGGAGAUAUCUGCAUCUCCCUCCGGUACGUGCCCACAGCUGGGAAACUCACUGUCUGCAUCCUGGAGGCGAAGAACCUAAAGAAGAUGGAUGUUGGGGGUCUCUCAGAUCCCUACGUGAAGAUCCACCUGCUGCAGAAUGGCAAGAGGUUGAAGAAGAAGAAGACCACAGUCAAGAAGAAGACCUUGAACCCCUACUUCAAUGAGUCUUUCAGCUUUGAGAUCCCCUUUGAGCAGAUACAGAAAGUGCAGGUGGUGAUCACAGUGCUGGACUACGACAAGCUGGGGAAGAACGAAGCCAUCGGCAAGAUCUUCACGGGCUGCAACGCCACUGGCACAGAGCUGCGGCACUGGUCUGACAUGCUGGCCAACCCCCGGCGGCCCAUCGCCCAGUGGCACUCGCUGAAGCCAGAGGAAGAAGUAGAUGCAGCUCUCGGGAAAAACAAAUAGGAAGAUCUGCCGGCCAGCGCGGCAUGGCACUGCGGACAGUUGAAGCGACCCAGAGCUACUGAUACCUCAGUUACGCAACCUUUGGUUUUGUUUUUUUUUUUUUUUUUUGUUCUGUUUUAAGCUGAAAUACCCUUUGGUGGCUGUGGAAGGGUUUCCAGACAGUCCCAAUAGCUUCCAGGGGAAGAGGUUAAAAACACGGAUGGUUCUUUUCGUUCUUCAGCAUUGCUCCCUUCUGCUGCAUGUCCCAUCGCCUCCGCCCACCAUCCCUUCCAGGUGCAAAGCCACCGUCACGCCCGGGACCUUCCCCGGUGGCCGUGUCACCAACCCGCAGCAUCACUGCUGCCGUCCUUCCCUCGGGCUCACGUGGGGAACCACUGAACGUUGCACAGAGGUGAUACUGGAGCUUGAGAGCGCGAGGUGACCAGACCCACUGUGCUUGCUUGGGGCAUGAACAGCUGCGUGGACAUCAACGUGGUGGAGAAGACCCUGUGCAGGAGAACCCAGGUGCCUCCCCCUCCUGCUCUGCCUCCCUCUGUCUGGGAAGGGUGAAAGCUGUGGUUUCGGGCCAAGGAUGGCCAAGUGUCCCCAACCAGCUCCAGGUUUGGUUUCUUCUGGGCAAAGGUUUGCAGGGACCACAGUCCCCGCUGCGGCCGGCGUGGUGGUGGGGUGCUGAGCCUUCGGCGUUGCAGCUGGAGCCGCGGGGGCCGGUCUGAGCACGGGGAGUACUGGGGGGGGGUCUGCUCUGAGGAGACACAUGGUGGGAUGUGCAUGGAACGGCAGCGCAGCACAGCCCACCACCACCUCAGGGGCCAAGCUGAGUGAUCUGCGUGUGUGUCCCUCCAUGCUUGGCUGACACCUGUGUAUCAGGAUGCUUUCACAAGGCAGGCUUACGCUGAGACGUCUCCAAAUAGGGGGCGGGGGGGGGCAGCCCCUCGAGCGGUACCAGGUGCUUCCCCAAAGGCCAUUGCGUGUCCCCGGGGCUCGGCUCCGCCGUGGGCACCCCAGCACCACCUUGGUGCAGCUGGGGGGCUACGGGCAGCUCUGGCCCCCCCCCACCACAUCCCCCCACCACGAUGCAGGUGGGGAGGGUGAGUGUGAGCCCAUGGGCAGCAAGGGACCAAAGCCCCUGACCCCCGUGAGCUGCUGCUCCCCACUGGGCUGCCGGCUGCUGAACCCACCCUGUCCCGCUCGCCUCGGGGCUAUAAGCCAUAUCCAUGUUCCUGACAGUGGGCAAGAGCUUCUCCGGGCCACCUCUCCUACCAUGGGACAAGCCAGGACCAAGUCCCUGAGCUGGAAAGCCAGUGUUGUUCCCUGCAUCUGGGAGAGGGUCCAGCAGCCCUGCCCAGUUCAGCCCAGUCUGUAAUGGAGCACUGAUGUGAGCUGCUGUCCCUGUCCCAGCUCCGACUCGCCAGCAGCCUCGUGCUCCUUGCUGCAUUUUGCUUUCCUGGACUCGGUUUUGUGGUGUUUUGGCACAGUUAAGCAGUGAGCGGUGUUGCAUCUUCAGCGAGGGGGGCUUGCAGUGGAGAAGCAGAGCUCCAGCGUGCAGCCGGGGAUGUCCCAGGCAUCGGGGACACUGUUCUGGGGUCCAACACCUGGGCUGGGACCUCAAUGCAGGGCGCCCCAAGGCCGGGGACAAAGUGCCAAAACUGAGCUUGCUCCAGUGCUGUCGGAUGCUUCGACAGCAUCCUGCAGCCCCCGCUGCCCAAAGGGCAUCUCGGCCCCAGCUGGAGGUGGGGAGGUGAUGGAAAACUUGGUGGCAGCCACAGCUCAAGGGAUUCAGGUUGGACACGGGGACAAACCCCUUCCCCCGGCAGGAUGUGCAGCGCUGGGACAGGUCCCCAGGGAGGGAUGUCUCUGUCCCUGGGGGAGGUUCAGGGCUCGGUUAGCCAGGCUGCGGUGUGUGUGUGUGUGUGGGGGGGUUGGACUGGAGACCCCCAAAGGCCACUUCCACCGCCACCUUGGCUGCUUCGUGGGCCACAGAGCGAGUGAUCCCACGGGCCCAUCUCCAGCUUUAAUUAGUCCCUUUUCCUAACGGACGUGCCAGUGUCAGCAAACAAGGUCCUGCCCUGCUCAUGUAGCCAAAGGGAGAAGAAAUCUUGGGGUGCUUUUAAUUAACGGGGAGUUGGGAGUGGCUGAUGUUCCUCGGCUGGGGCACUGGCAGGAUUUGGGCUCUUGAAACAGUCUCAUUUUGGGGUCCAUCUGGUCACUGGGGUGGGGGGUGGGGGGGGGCGUUUGCCGUAUGUGGAAAUGGGUUAAAAAGAAGGAAUUGGAAAGAGCACUAAACCCCCCCUGUUGGCAGUCAGUGAGUGUGCACGGCCCCGCAGCUUUCCUCAGAAAGCAGGCAGAGGGGGUGCACGCAUGCUUGUGCACACACAGAUGUGCACGCCCUCGUGUGUACACCCCCAUGGGUGCCCCCCACGCCCCCCAGAUCCACCACAUCAGCUGGGGCCUCACCAGGGGCAGAGGUCCCACCUGGCUGGUUUCCACUCGGACUCUUUAAGCCUUGGGGUGGGGGGGGGAGACUGUGACUUUAAUACAUAUAUAUCUUUUUUUUUUAAAUAAAAACGGGAAAAAUAGCCCACAUAUUAAAGCCAUCUGCGCUGCCUCUGACCCCCCGCUCCCCCCCCCCCCCCCACUUAGUUGUGUGUAGUUAAAAAUAUAUGGAGACAUAGCUGUAUAUACCAUGAACAGUGCAUGAGAUGCAGCCACACAGCAGUAGCAGCAUGGUUACCGCCGAGCGCGGCGCUGCACGCUCUGCCCCACCGCUCGCCGCCGCCGGCACCUCCGUCCCCACCGCCUUCCUCCAGCGAGGCAGAGAUGGCAACGAACAAAACUCAUUGCUCGAGUGCCCUCCACUGCCCUGAUUAUUUUCCCCCACAAAUAAAAAAAAUAAAAAAAAUUUUAAAAAAUCAUGUAAAAGAAGAAAAUAAUGCCAAGAAGCAAAGCAUGCCAAGCCAGGCCCGCCAGCGGAGGGUGAGCCGUCACUGACGCAGCCGUGACUUCCAUCUGUGUCUCGUUCCUGUAUCUUGUCGUCGCAUUUAUACCGUGGCCGGGUAGCGGCAACAUCGUGGCUUCGGUGUCCUGUGUCGUGUUGGUGUGUUCCACUGUCAGAGCAACUUUAGAAGCCAUAUUAGACCACGGUGUGCCGGGACCCCGCCGGGGGUGGGCCCACAGGUGAGCCGGGACCCCCUUCCCCCAUGUGUCCACCGUCGUUCGUUCCCCCCCUCCCCGUCCCCCACUCCCCCCCCCUUCCCCCCCGGUUUCGCGGGGCUCAGCGCUGGAGCCGGGCUGCCAGGCUGAACUGCACCAGCCGCCGCGCUGGUGCCCACGGAUGCCACCGUCGCGCCAGGUGAGGGGACGGGGCGGCGCUGGGCACAGAUGCUGGGCCCGACCUGCUGGUGGCAUUUCUACAGUGGAAAAGCUGGGAUGCGGCAAAGGUCUGGUGGUGAAAAGGCUUUUUGGGGCGAUUUGGGUUAUUUCUGCUGUGUCUGGGUUGGGUCGUUCCGGUUUUGCAGACAAGAGCUGGCGUUCCCCUCUCCCGGCUGCGCCGCGGUGCAAACCCAGUUGUGCCACGGAGAUGCUCAGCUUUGGUCUCGUGGGGUUAAAAGGAAGCGAAUCCACGAGGCUUGGCAACAAGCUCGGCUUUCUUUUCCUUUUUUCCCCCAAAACCUGGGAGGGAGGAGCCAGCUCCUUUGGGAGUCCCAGGCUCCGGCCGAUCCUGGAGUGAAGGGCCCCGCUCUGCCCCGUCCCGGCCCCCGCAGCACUCGGCUCCGGCGGGAAGCUGCUUUUAAAGCCCCUUCCUCUCGUGUGGACUCUGUUGUUUCCGUCUCUUAUCGUUAAAUGGUUAUUUUGUAAUGAUAUCUGUCUCCUUAUUAAAGAAACGAGCUGAAAGGA